CAUGACGCAGAAUUUCGACGCCGUUUGGACUCAUAUGGAUCGCGAGCGAGGAUGAUCUGCGACGUGGGACUUGCGAAGCUGCGUGAUGCUGAUCCAACAAAUCAAGGAUCGUGUGACUGCGGUGAAGGAAUGGCGGCGAAUCAUGCGGCUGCAGGCUCCAAUUUCGAUUUCAUUGUUCUAGCAAUUAAGCUACAAGGGUAGUUUUAAGGAGUAUAGAUGGUUGGGGUUGUGAGUCGGAAGCUCGAUGCUAAGCUUGCCAAAUUUCAUUUGAUCUCGUCUCUCUCUCUCUCGUUGGAAGAAAUCUUGCAGGUUCAAGCUUUAGGCCUCGAACUUAUUCGGAGUCUUUGGCACACGAAUGAACUUUGUGUUUUUUACGUGGGGAGUUUCAUUUGGGAUGAAGUGGCCAUGGCCGAUGGUUGUAAGAAGCUAGCAGUUCCCAAAUUGCCAAGAGAUUUGCAGCACAAGGUGCUCAGCUACUUGCCUUUUCGUACCCUGCUACAGGCGCGAUGCGUGUGCAAAGAUUGGCGCGAUGUCAUCUACGUCUCCGACUUUUGUAGCAUGUAUGAUGAAUUGCAUAGCUCACAAACCCUCGUUCCUACCAUAUGUUAUGCUGGGUCGUUCCAUGGGCGUGCUGAGGUUGAGUGGGCAGCGUAUGAUUGCGUCGAGGAGGGUUGGGGGAAGAUGAUUAGUCUUCGGCCUCCAUAUCCUAAACGCAGACUCGAGCGGAAUGAUAUUGCGAAUUGUGACAGCGUCUACCCAGUAGGAGGACUUCUGUGUUUUCACUUGAAGAUGGGCGUCAGUACCUGGGUAGUGUGGAACCCUCUCACCGGCAAUUGGAAGAUACUGCCCCCUUGUAAGCUAGCCGUAGGAGAAUCAUUUAUUUAUGUGCAUGCUUUUGUGACGGAUGACACCACGAAGGCCUACAAAAUUUUGAUGGCUCAUUGGAGGGCAGUCUCACAGAGCAAGGAUUACAGUACCAUAAAUGACGACGGACCCUUGGUAAUGGAGAUAUAUGAUUCCACAACUGGCACUUGGUCCGAACCGAAGCCUUACAUUUUUCGGAGUCAUGGUUUUACAUGGAAUAAUUCAACUAGAGGAGGUGUUCGUUCAAAUAAUGGCGUCAUAUACUUUCCGUCAGAGAUGAAUUCAGAUAACAGAUAUCAGCAUAUGCUCUUGUUCUAUGACACCAGAAGCGGGCAAUGGCAUGAAGAACUCAGUGAUAAACAACGCAAUGUUCUUUUUGAGUGGGACGGCCGUGUGAUGACAAUUGAAAGGAAUCCAUCAAAUGGCCGCUUUAUAUUCUACGAAUGGGAUGAGGGACCUGAUUCGAAAGGGUGGAUGGAUACUGGUAUUGAGGUGCCUAAGGCGGUACAAAGAAAAUUCGAUCCUUCGCAUUUUGGGAUCUAUCACAUGGAAAUAACCGCAGGAGGAGACUAUCUAGUCAUGACUGGACCUCGGAGGGGUGGAGGAUUUAGGACAACAGUUUACAGUAGAGCUGACCAGUGUUGGAGAUGUCCUUUAAAAGCGGAUAAUUUCUGGAAUACAUCGAUGAAUGGAUUUUUCUCGGGUGAUCGGAUAAACGGAAUGGUUCAAUUUAGUCCACGAUUAAGUUGGUUACCUUGAUCAGAGCAACAUGACAUUCCUGUUCAUAAAUCUCGGACAUUGGUCUAAUGCUCAGUCAUAAACACUUCCAUUGUGUCUGCAUUGAAGGAUACUUUUUGACAUACAUGGAAAGAUCUGAAUGGGUCAUCCUCAGCCCUGGCGAAUGAGGUGAUCUAGGUGCUCCUUUCAUGAGGGUUCUGGAACGAGUUUCGAUUGAGGCUCUGGCGUUUACGCUGUCUCCGUUCUCAGGAGGCAUCUCCUUAUUGACUUUGUGCGCAUCGCUUGGUAUAUAACUCCUGCUUAUGUGUGCUAUUUUGAUAUUCCGAGUGUCAAUAACACCCCCUGGAGUUUCCACUGUUUACUAAUGGCAGUUUUGCAGCAAUGGCACCAAUGUGGGAUGUGGGUAUUGGGAUCCUGGCUGCCAACGUUCGUUCAUUAUCACGACGUAGUUGAAUGAAGAGAAUCAAGUUUCUUCUGCUGGCCUGGACGUUUCACUCGUACUCAUUUCUGUGCUCUGUCAAAAUAUUGUCAUUACUGUUUUGGAGGCCUGGGUGGGGGUUUCCUUCGCACAACUUAUGUUUCUCUGGCUCACUUUUAUAUUCUUCUCAUCCUUGAGAAGUAGCAGUUUUUGUACACAUGCAUCAGUCUUACCCAAAGCAUGAUGUAGAGAAUGGUUUCUUACCACCUAAUUUUGAACGUGGCCAAUAACAUGAGUAUUGAUCAUCCAA